CAUCUUUCUAGAAUGAAAAAAGAAAAGAAACUGUUAGAUGGGAAUUAAAAUUUAUCGUAAUAAUUUCAAGGAUCAGAUUUAUCUCCUCGUUGAAAGGAACGUACAGAAGGAAAUGCACAGAAAAUAUGAAUUAAAUGUAACAAAGAAAUUCCUUUGAUCGUUCCAUCUUGCUCUUGCGACUUAUUGGUAUUCCGAAGGAAUAACUCUGCACGAGUGAAUAUCAAGUAGCCGCUGCGUUCUUCUAAUAAAAUAACAUCUAUAUAUUGUCAAGAAGUCGAAAAGAGAUAAAAACGAAAUGAGGAAAAAUAAAUGAACGGAAAACUACUGGUAUUAUUUACCUGCUGGCAUGAAAAACAAUAUUAGAAAUCUUGAAAAUAAAAUAAGGAGACCGUUUAAAGGCUCUUAAGAUUUCGAACGUUCUUUAAUACGUUUCGUGGCAGUGUGCCUGCUCAAAGAGCCAGGCAUAUCGUCGAAAAUCUAGCAGAGAAGCACGGUCACGAGGAAUCGUCUAAAUAUUUUGGCGACUGGUUUCCCCGAAACCGCUUCUCAUAGUCGACAUCAAGGGUCAUCGGUGCCACGUGCGUCAGUUCCGUUCAGUUCGCGAUUGAGACGGUUUCUGCACUUUCGUCUGCGGCGGACGACCAACUUUAACGAAUCACCGAUUCUUUUAAUGCGACGUCACCGUCUCUUGGAGUACCGCCAAAGACAACUUUGAAACAAAACAAGCGUGGAAGAGAACCGAUCAACCGAUUGUUUAUGCCAAUUAUCAAAGACGUUUUAAUGUGACGAUAAAAACUUUCGUUUGAUCGACCAUUAUUCGGCAAAUCGGCCAUUAUCGAUUUUCAUAUCGAUUUCUUCUCUUCUUCUUUCAAAUUCUUUUCUCUCCAUAAUUUUGCGUCUGGGUUCUUCAUGAAAUAAUGUCUAUUUACUGAGAGAAAUCAUUCGUAAAUGCGAUUAUGUCGUAUAAUUGUGAUGUAACUAAUCAAGAUAGAUCAGAAGUUCCGCGUCGACCUAGUUUGUCAUGGAAAAUGCAGCGUAGUCUUAAAAAAGUUAAAAAGAGCAUUCAAAGAAUAACCGAGAACUUUCAGGACGAAGAAAAACAGCAAACGUACGUCCUGCCAGAACGAUUGUCUUCUUUGAUGCAUGGUACAGGAUUUUCAAAGGAAGAGAUACAGAGACUAUAUCGUGCUUUCAAACAGUAUUGUCCAAGAGGAAUCGUAACUACGAACGAUAUCAAGCCAGCCUAUGCAAAACUUUUUCCACUGGGUGAUUCUGCAAAAUAUGCACAAAUGGUAUUCAAUAAUUUUGAUAAAGAUAAGGACGGCAUUGUCACCUUUGGAGAUUUGCUUCUAGGAAUAGCGACGAUCAUAAAAGGAACUACCGAUGAAAAACUUACAUGGAUAUUUCAAUUUUAUGAUUUGAAUGGCGAUGGUUGCAUCUCGAAACACGAAAUGAUGAUCGCUGUCUCUGCGAUUUAUGAAAUGGUAAACAAUGAUCAAACUGUUUGGAGUAUGGUAAACAGGCACGUGGACAGACUUUUUGAAAAGAUGGAUACUGAUAAGGAUGGAAUGAUAUCCAUAGAGGAAUUCAUAGCCAGCUGCAAAAAUGAUAAGCUUAUACAAAAUCAACUGACAGAAUUUAAUAAUUUUUGGUGGUAACAUAGACUGAAAACAAUAUACAUAGUACCUAAGAUAUAUGCUCUAAUAUCCCUUAUAAAUUCAGUACAAAUAUUAUAUACGUGACUGAUCCUUUUUUAGUCAAUUGUUUUGUAAAUAUGUGAUUUGAUCCCAUAAUAAAUAAAAAUUAUCAUAAAA